GAUUCAUUGCAGUAACACUCUGUCACACGAAUGCAUUCAAUGUGGUUGGCUAGUACCUAUGAUGAAACACAGUGUUACAUUUCGUUGUAGAUAUCAGCUGAUUUGACGGUGUAUCAAUUGACAUAUUCUCCGCUCGAUGUUCCGCCUUCCUAUACACAUAUUAUAUCUACAUUGGAAAAUAGAGAAAUGGAUCGUAAAACAUGAAGAUAAUUAGCGCCACAAAGCAUCACCGAUCAUUAUUUAGAAACUAAUCAAAACUGCUUCACUGGACUAAUUUGUGAAAUAGCCUAAGGAGGAGAUACAGGGCCGCAUCAAGUUCACGUGUGUAUUUUAAUGUAUAGGUUCAUUGGUUUAAUUUCAACGAAGCGUACAGGAUCAACCAUUGUUAAAAAUACGAAGAAGAUUUAGUCACCCAGAUUUAAAUAUUUCAUUGUUGUCUUUCGUGUGUGACGGUCUUAUUUUUCACAACGAAAUGUUACCGAUAGAAUGUGACCAAACUUAAAAUAAUGGUGUAAACAAAUAUACUUGGAUUUAUUUACAAAAAUACUUUUAAUGCACUGAAACCAAAGUAAAUGAUGGAGGUUUACAUAUUGACAUUGUGGAAUAUUUACCCUUUAUUUCUGUUAUUUAUAACUGUGGCAACGGCGUGUGUAUUCCCCGAGGACAUACGAGGACGAUGGUAUCAAAGCCGUUAUGGCGAGCUAGAAAUAUCACACAACGAAAUUACAAGAAAGGGAACGUGUGCUCAAAAUGAAGACAACAAAUACCUCUUAUAUAAUAGAUCAAGAAAUUGUUAUAAGUGUUUAGUUAUAACAAGAUGGCAUAAAAAUAUAUUACAGUAUAAAGAAAGUUAUUGUCUAGUAGAAAAUGAUAUAAAUGCUUUAUGUGAGAGAAUACAUGGUGAAGCAGAAUUACAUACAGUAGUACGAAUUCCAAGUAUACCAGUAGCAUGUCCAUUCCAAGGAUAUUAUUCCUUCAAAUAUUCCAACAGUACAACACAUAACAGACAAUGUGAGAAUCCAUUAUCAGAGAUAAGAGCAUGUGCAGAUGAUUCCAAAUUUAAAUUUAUAUACCGGAAGUGUCCAGGAAUGCCGGAAACAAGUAAUAAAGAGCUAGACUUUCAGUGUUUAGCAACCUGGGAAAGUGGAGAGAAAUUUUUGUAUGGGAAGUUCCAAAGUCCACAACUUACAUCCAGAGAGCAGAUGUAUCGAUGCUUCAUGCAUAAUUUCUUCAGUAUGUCCGGAGAUAUGUCGAUUUCAGCCGACGCCACUUGUCAAGGUCUUCAAAGCCCAACGGUUGGUGUUUCUACAAUGAAAUUAGACAAAGAACCAGAUGAUCAUCGGUGGCCAUUACAACGAUGUUCCUUUCCCAAAUUCUUCAUCCAUCAUAAGCGAUGGCGUGAUCUGUCUGGCCAGUAUGUCCUGGAGGUGGAAUCGCAGAUGUUCAGAAUCAAGGACAAACAUGCCCAAGAGACGAUUAUAUUUGACGCAGACGAACAUCGAUCCGAUACUUGGAUGAUGUUGAGAUGCAUCAAUGAUAUAGAUAAAACACUCAACUCUCAAGUUCAAGAAUUCAUUGUACACGCAACAGAUGACAAAUGCACAUCGAAAUACAGAUGUCUUCGACUGAAAAAGCGCCAUAACAAAGUUAUUGAACUACACAUAGGAGAAGCAGUGGAUGAUAGAUUCAGUGUUUGCAGUGAUUCACAGUUCCUAAAUGCUUUGAAGUUUAUUAUUAUUCAGAAUCAUAAGCACAUGAAGCCGACAUCUUGCCCACAAAAAGGAUCAUUUAGAUUUGCUGACAAAGCCUCAGAUUGCGAAGGUCAAUUUAUCAGUGGAUGUAGAAUGAGCGAUGAAAUAGAGAUACAACAUUAUUGUCCAAAAACAAGCAGGCGUUCAGGUAGCAAAAGUUUAAUUUUAGUGGACAUAUACCAAUGUCUAGUCAGUUGGCAGGAAGACAAUGUCCGAUUUGUUAUUGCACACCAUCCUAGUCGAAAAUCUGCAAAGUGUCUGGCUUAUGUUGAAUCGGCUGAUGGAAUCGAUGUACAUGAAGACGAAUUUUGUAGAGAUAGACUUUCUGUCAUCACAAGCAGGAAAAUUAAUUAUGCCUUGUUUAAGCCAGCAGAUGGAUGUGGCAAUUUAUUGCCACCGGUAGGAAGUGCAGCACCCAAUGGAUACACAUCAGAUCGUGAUAAUAAUAACAAUGAGUAUCCAGACAAAACAAAACAUAAUUCUGCUAGUGGUAUCAUAGACGCCGGGUCAAAUCGUAGCUCUACACAAACAAUAAGUUUGGUCUGGCUUUUAUCACUGACGAUACUGUCCAAAGUUAUCCAGAGCAUUAGGUGAUAUACAUAAGUUAUCAAUAUUCAAUGGAUCAACAGUGCUCAAGUGCUUAUGAUGGAAAAGAGAACCGGUUGUGUUGUGACUGGAUAUUUAACUGACAUUAAAGCUUGCCAUAAACUAUUUAAUGGUCAAAACAGUAACGUAUGUUACUUAAGAUGACAUCAGGUUAACCUUGGUGACAUUUAAAUAGCCUUUUUAAGGUAUUGUGAUAGCAACAUUUAUCAUUUUCAUAGUCCCGAUAUUUUUGUUUACUUUUGUGGUGCUAUUUAUAGAUGUGUUGGAUCUCAGCCACUACAAUUCCAUAACUUGACUUUCGUUUUAGAAGGUACAACAACGAAAUACAAGAUUGAUCAUUUUGAUUGCAUCAUGUAAAGCCGAGUUCAUUUCUUGUCAAAGAAAACAUUGUUGACUGGUCAAUUAAAUAUCUGUCACACAUGGUAAAUUGUUCAUAAACGAUCCCAUGAUAAAAUUCUUAGCAUAAACACAAAUAUUACGUAUGUAGUGAAUGAUGAUUCGUUGAAACCUUCAGUAAUAUCUUCAUUUUCAAGUUUAAUGUCACUUUAAACGAAGAAUCUAAAAACUUGCUCACCUCACAUAUGUAAGCAUUACCGUGGACCUCAAUUUAUCAGAUAAGAUCCAGUUGCUUAUGUAUUCACAAUUUUCUUGUGCAAAGCUGCACGAGUGUUCUAGUCUAUGUGUAAUACUCAGAAUAGUUAUAUUCUUGUUUCCUACACCAGCAGGGUUUAUCGUUGUUCAAUCAUAGGCUUAUAAAUUUCAUACACUUUAAUUUCAGACAUCACAUUGUUUAUUUUGUUAUUAAGAAUUAGAAAUAUUCAUUUUUUUUUUACCGAAAGUCUGUGUAUGAUGUUAAUUUUCUAUAUUGCAUUUCAAAUACUAUUUGCAUUUGAUAAGAAAAAAUACUCGAAUAUAAACAAAUGUGGGUUUUUUUCAAAGAGCAUAUUACUCGUUAUCACAUCGACAUUUGAACAUUUUAAAUGAAUGAAAAAUUUCAUAAAACCUAAUCACUUAGGAUAUACAUAUCCAAUAUCAUUCUGUUUUACCAUUGCAAACAUUAGUUUAUGAUGUUGUCAUUCCAAUUGCUUUGGUAAAACCUUCCCAAAUGUUACUGUGUUCCGUGUAUGUACUUACAUGUACCAUUGCAGGGUAUUUUUUGUUGGUGUCCAAAGAUACCAAUAUUGUUUAAAAAAAUGUCUUAGUAAUUUAUAGUUUAUUGUGAUGAAAUAUUCUUUAAGAAUAAGUGAUGAUCCAAGUAGUGCUGAUAAAUGAGAGUUGCAGAUGUAAGAAGGAGAAGGUGUGUUUAUAAUUGUGUUUGUUUGUGUGUAUGUGUAUUAAUUGCGUUAUUUCUUGCCAUGAAUGAAAGAAAUGUAUGACUAUUUAUAAGAGCGUAACCGUUCAUAAGUAUGUUUUUCAUUAUUUUGUUACAACGUACUCUAAACAAGGAAAGGAGCAUAAUAUAUAUAUAUACAUUAAAAGUACUUAAAUACUCAUGAGCAGGCAUAAUAAAUUUGUAUAGUUACGUUUUACGAGUAUUUUUUUUAACAUCAACUGUCUUAUUAUUGUUACCAAUUAAAAAUAAGAAGAUUUAUACGAAUUAUUGCAGUUUUCAGUUAACUUCUGAUUUGGUAUAAAUUUCACAAUUUAUAUUUAUGGUUUAAAUUAUUGUCUCAUAAAGUGUGAUAUAAGACUUCGUUUGGUGAAAUUAAGUGGGAUUUUUUUUAAUUUUUUAUUGCCGAAACAGAGGCUCUGAAUAUUUCUUCGUCAACCAUUUUGAAUUUGUAUACAAAUUUGGUUAUUGUGUUAAAACAAAAAAAAAUGUUGGUAUAUAAUAUGGUUAUUUCACAGCCUCUGUUUCGUAUAGUAAGACAAUGUAGUAUGUAUGAAUAUACUACACAUGCUUGUUAAAUUGUUUUAACCAAAGAAUGGCGUGUGUCUGUGUAUGCUUCAGAUGGUUUUUCAGUCAUUUACGAUUAGGAAUGUAAAUAAAGUAUGUCUGUUUUGUCAGUGAAAAUAAGAUUUGUGUAAAAAAAUAAAGAUUUAAA